CUUUGUAUUUGUGAGAAGAGGGAAUAAUAUAUAUACAUAUAGAUAUAUAGAAUAGUAUAUUGCAAGGUCAAAAUUCUUCAAACGGGAAGGCUCAACCAGGGAAAGGGAUCAAAAUUCUUCAUCUCUCUCUCUCUCUCUCUCUCUCUCUGUUCUCUACACUCUCUUCUAUGGCCCCAAACAAACUCAAUUCCUCGGGAAAUACAAGUAUGUCAUGUUCACAGGCUGAGAAUGGUUUUGUCAAUUCCUUUUCUCUCUUCCCUGAGAAAGAAGUGCAAGAGCUUCUUCAAGCUCCAAUCCAGGGGUCAGAUGACCAUCUUAUAGAGUUCUCUGAAGCUUUAAGAACUGUCGCGAAGGCCCUCAGGCGAGUUGCCGAAGGAAAAGCUUCUGCUCAAGCUGAGGCUGCUGAAUGGAAACGUAAAUAUGAGUUGGAGAGGGCACGGAAUCUGAAGUUUGAACACACAGAGAAAUCAUGUCUAGAGCAUCAGACUGAUCUUGAUGAUGUGAGGUCAAAUAACCCUGCCAAACAACCAACAUUAUAUAAUGAAGCUAAUGGACAGUCUGAAAGAUGUUGUUCAAGGAAUGGUAUUUGCUCCCACGAGGUUCUUAGGGAUGGAACACCUGAUUCUGAUUCCAAGAUGGUCAGAAAGGCUUCAUUUAAACUUUCAUGGUGCUGUAAAGGUGAGCAAAGUGAUCAGCACAAACAUGAUGUUGUCUCUUUUGAAAGAGGAAAUAUAACUACUGCAGAGCGCAGUAGUAAGCAGAUCUCUUUGAAGUGGGAGUCAUGCCCACAAACAGUGCUCAUAUUGACCAAACCAAAUUCAGUUUCAGUUCAAAUUCUAUGUGCUGAAAUGAUUAGAUGGUUGAGGCAGCAAAAGAAACUACACAUCUAUGUGGAACCUCGUGUCAAGGUGGAACUUUUGACAGAGUCAUCACACUAUAACUUUGUAGAAACUUGGAAUGAUGAUAAGGAAAUUUUGAUGCUGCACACUAAAGUUGACCUUGUGAUAACUCUUGGUGGAGAUGGCACUGUUCUAUGGGCAGCAUCUAUGUUCAAAGGGCCAGUGCCUCCUAUUGUCCCCUUUUCUUUAGGCUCUCUUGGCUUUAUGACCCCUUUCUACAGUGAACAUUACAAAGAAUACCUUGAAUCAAUUUUAAAGGGCCCCAUUAGUAUCACAUUACGACACCGUUUGCUAUGUCAUGUUAUACGAGAUGCAGCUAAAAAUGAUUAUGAAACUGAAGAAUCAAUGCUUGUUCUAAAUGAGGUUACUAUUGAUCGUGGAAUAUCAUCUUUCCUAACAAAUUUGGAAUGCUACUGUGACAACUCCUUCGUCACAUGUGUGCAAGGGGAUGGAUUAAUCUUAUCUACAACAUCUGGUAGUACAGCAUAUUCUUUAGCAGCUGGAGGAUCAAUGGUCCAUCCACAGGUUCCAGGUAUCUUAUUCACACCAAUUUGCCCGCAUUCCCUAUCUUUUAGGCCAUUGAUAUUUCCGGAGCAUGUCACUUUGAGGGUGCAAGUACCAUUCAAUAGCAGAAGCCCUGCAUGGGCAUCAUUUGAUGGCAAAGACAGGAAGCAGUUAGCACCGGGAGAUGCACUAGUGUGCAGCAUGGCACCUUGGCCUGUUCCUACAGCUUGUCUUGUUGAUUCUACCAAUGAUUUCUUGCGCAGUAUUCAUGAGGGUCUCCACUGGAAUUUGAGAAAGACACAAUCAUUUGAUGGCCCCCGGGAAACAUGACAUCUUCCUAUCCUUCUUUCUUAGUAGGAUGCCUUUAGAAGCUUAGAGCAAAUAUAGUUGGAAACUGACUAGUCAUUUCUCAAGAUAAAAAACAGGGUGUUACAGAAAAUCUAGAAACAAAACAAUUUAGCGUAGUUUUCUUCCUUGUAUUGUAUGAAUAGCCACUGUAGUUUUAAUUUAUUACACAGCUAAUGGCCACCGAUGAUGAAGAAAAAUGUAAAGCUUGAGUCGUGAGAUUAUUAUAUUACAAUAUAAUGUAAGAUCUGAAUACAGCUGGGAAACUACACUUUAUUAUAUUUACAAUAACUUUUACGAU